AUGGAAUUGAUAAUAAAAAAACCAUAUAUUGAAAUAUUUGAAAAGAUAUUAAAAUUGUUUACCCAUAUUUGUGAGAACGUUAAUUUUAAGCUAACAAGAAAUAAGCUAGAAUUGAGCGGCUCAAAUAAUUUAACAAACGAACUGGUGAUACAUAUUGAUAAGAAAUUUUUUAUAUUAAAUGAUAUAAAUGGAGAUAAAAAGAAAAUAAUCAAUGGAACUGUAAAAUCAAAAGAUUUCUACAAUUGUAUAUUUAAUCAUAAGAUAGUUAAACAUCUGAGGAGUAAUCAUUCACAAUAUGGAUCCUAUAAUAGUCAGAAGAAAAAUGAUUCACGUUUUGUAAUGACAGAUGAUAUAGAUGAAGAAGCAAAAAUAAAUAAUAAUUAUAAUGAUGAGAAUAAAUCAAUCGUUUGUGAUGGUAUGUAUGCAGAUGAUAACAAUAAGUCAUAUAUUAGAAAAGACAAAAAGUGGAAUAUACAUUUGUCGAAGAUAACUCUGAAAUUUAAUAAUAUAAAAAAUAUAAAUAACAUGAAUAAUAUAAAUUAUAUAAAUAAUGAUGAUGAUAAUAAUAUUGAGGGGGUUGUUCCAUGUGAUGAGCAUGAUGUUAAUUAUAAUAACAAAUUAGAAAUAAUUAUAAAAUUUAAAAAGUGUAAUAGCUAUUUUAGUGCAAUAUUAAAAUUGAAAACCUUCAACACACCUAUGAAAAAUUAUAUUUAUAAAAACGAAUCUAUUAUACAGAUAGAUCCAACCCUUUUUUUACUUAAUUUAAAAGAUUUGUCUAAUGAAAGGAAUAUAUUUUUAAAGAAUACAGAUAAUUCAUUUAUUAUCAGUUCUUUAGAAACUUGUGAUUUCAGUUUAAAUAAAGAAAGAAUAAAAAGAGAACAAUUUUUUUAUAAUAAUAAAAAUAUAUGUAUCCCAUCUAGUAAAACUAAAUAUUUUUUUAAAAAUAAAAAAUUUCAGGAUCACAAUAUGUCUCUUCCUUUAAAUGAACUAAAAACAAUAAUUAAUUUUUGUUCCGAAUUAAAUUUAUUAUGUUUGUUUUCUACAAAAAAUUUUAAAGAAAAUCUUAUAAUAUAUUUUGGUAAUAUAAUAUCUUAUAUAUUAGAGAAGAACAAAAAUAAAAUAAUGAAAAAAAUAAAAAAUAAUAAAAAAAAUAAAAAAAAUAAAAACAGUUCUCAACACAUUUAUGAUAAUUAUAUGAUGAAUACAGAUCAUAUGGAAUAUGUGCAAUCUGUAAAACGAGAUUAUAAAUAUGAUUACAAUUUUGAUUCAUGUAUGAAAUCGCAUGUAAAUAAAAAUAAUAUUUAUUAUGAUAAUGAUGAUGAUGAAGAUAAUUAUAUAGAUUCAAAUUUUAAUAUAUCAUCAAAAAUGGAAUUCACUAAUAAUGAAAACAAAUCGAUCGUUUUUUAUUUAUCUGAUUAUACAUCAAGUGAUGAAUAUAAUUCUAGUAUGGAUGAAUUGGAUGAUCAAAUAUAUUUACCACUAUAUGAUAAUGAAUAUAUAAAGGAUGAUACAAAUUUUAAUUAUAAUAAUAUAAUAACAGGAUGUGUUCAUUUUACAUCAUAUUUUAAUAUAUCAUGUGAUUUUAAUGAAAAUGAAAAGAAAUAUGAACACGAAAAUAUUUUACACCAUUCAAUGAACGAUACGUUUGUCAUAAAUAAUAAUAAUAAUAAUAAUAAUAAUAAUAAUAAUUAUAACUACAAUUAUUGUGAUGAUAAGAAAAAAAAAAUUAAGAAGUUACAACAGGACGUCAAAAAUGUAUCAUCUAUAGAAAAAGAAGAAGAAGAACAUAUAAUAAACUGUUAUAAUAAAAAAAGUUAUGAUUUUAAUUAUGAAAGUAAUAAUUUAAGAAAUAUACAACAUCUAAGAGGAGAAGAAGAAGACCAAGAAAAAAAAAACAAUUCCUCUAUAUAUGAAGAUAUAAAUAAGGAUAACUGUUAUGAUCUUAUGAAAAAUAUUAAAAGUAAAGAUAAUACAUAUGACAAAAAGGAGGAUACCUUUAGUGAUACUUAUGAUGGUAUGUUUAAUAAAUUGAAAAAAAACAAAAGUUAUGAGGACAAUAAGGAAGAAAAAAAUUAUGAUGUUCUGACAAAUGAAAAGAAUAAGAAUUUUGGAUGUGAUCAAAAUGGUGAGUGCUCACAUAAAACAAACAAUAAUGUUGAUACAUUUUUGAAUAAUAAUCUGAAGCAUGAAGAAGAAAAAGAAAUUAUUUAUAAUUCCAAUAUUUUUGAAGAAUUCAAUUAUGAUAAUUAUAUGAGACAAAAUGAAGAGACACAAGAUGUGUAUAAAAAUAUGGAGGAAAAAAUAAAAGAACUUGAUAUAACGUUUGAAAAUUUAAAAAAAAUAAAUAAAAAGAAGAAACAAAUAUAUGAUAAUAAAAAUGAUGGUAUACAAAAACCUUUUUUGGUUUUUUCCUUGCCAAAAAGUAGGAAAAUCAAAAAAAGAAGGAAAUCCAUCGAACACAUUUAUGAAAUAAAUAAAAGGAAUGAAACAAAUAAAAGGAAUGAAAUAAAUAAAAGGAAUAAAAGAUCAUCAAAGGAUUUGUUAUAUAAUGAUGAGGAAAAUAAAAGGUAUGAUAACAAUUCGAUAUCGUUUAGAAGUGAGGAAAAUGAAAUUAUAAGUGACAAUUAUUACUCUUUAAAUGAUGAUAGUGAAGAUAAUGAUGAUAAUUAUGAUGAUGAUAAAUAUUAUGAUGAUAAUUAUUAUGAUGAUGAUAAAUAUGGUAAUGAUUUUAUAGAUGAUGCUUACUACCAUGUCUCUCAUAACAAACAUCGUGGAGUGGAGAAUAUGGAAUAUAUGAACUACUUCAAUAAUAUAUACAACAAAUACAACAUGAAUAAUAAGACCCAUAAUGAAAAUACAAAUGUACUAAAAAAUAAAAAAUAUAAAAAUCAAUUAAAUUAUAGAAAUAGUAAUAUGAAUGAAAAAGAUAAUAAUAUGAAAUAUAUGAAAAGUGAAAAUGAAGAAAAUGAUCAAAAAGUUUAUAAUAAUUACAAACAUUUCAAUGUGUCUAGGUUGUCACACAAUAAUUAUGAUAAAACACCUCAAACAAAUCAAUAUUCAGGUAAUAAACAUGCACGCUUAAUUAUGAAAAAUUAUUCAUCUCAUAUUUUAGAGGAUGAAAUAAAACGUCGUAGUGUAAAUUAUGAUAAUGACAUAUUUAAUUAUAAAAAAUGUAAGUUACAAAAGAAGUGA